UAGGAGAUGUUCAUGGCUACCUGACUGUAUUUUCUAUUCUAAUCAAUUUCUGAAGUGGACAUGAAAAUGGAUGCAGAACAAAAGGACUGUUUUAGAUCUUCGAGACAUCAAUGAAUGGUAAUAGUGAUCAUGGCAGAGCUCUGUGAUUAUAAGCUACAGGGACACAAGAGCGUCUGACCCCCUUACUGCGAGAUGUGACAGGAUGCUGAACCAUCACUGCAGAAGGAACCCGGAGUUGCAGGAGGAGCUGCAGAUCCAGGCGGCGGUGGCGGCUGGUGAUGUCUACACCGUUCGCAAGAUGCUGGAGCAGGGCUAUUCGCCCAAGAUCAGAGACGCCAAUGGCUGGACACUGCUGCACUUCUCUGCAGCGAAGGGCAAGGAACGCUGUGUGCGCGUAUUCCUCGAACACGGAGCGGAUCCCACAGUGAAGGACUUUAUCGGAGGCUUCACUGCACUGCAUUACGCUGCCAUGCAUGGCCGUGCCCGUAUUGCCCGCCUCAUGCUGGAAUCAGAGUAUCGUAGUGACAUCAUCAACGCCAAGAGCAACGACGGUUGGACCCCUUUACAUGUGGCAGCUCACUACGGGCGUGACUCUUUCGUGCGUCUCCUCUUAGAGUUCAAAACUGAGGUGGACCCGCUCAGUGAUAAAGGCACCACGCCACUUCAGCUCGCAAUUAUCCGUGAACGUUCAAGCUGCGUACGCAUUCUGCUUGACCACAAUGCCAACAUAGACAUUCAGAAUGGCUUCUUGUUGCGAUAUGCUGUCAUAAAGGGCAACCACUCAUAUUGCCGUAUGUUCCUGCAACGGGGAGCGGACACUAACCUGGGUCGUCUGGAGGACGGACAGACACCGCUGCACCUGUCAGCGCUCAGAGACGAUGUGCUGUGUGCUCAGAUGCUCUACACUUAUGGAGCAGAUACGAACACGCGGAACUAUGAGGGCCAGACGCCUGUGGCUGUUUCAGUCAGUAUGUCUGGCAUCAGUCGGCCCUGUCUGGACUUUCUGCAGGAGGUCACAAGGCAACCCAGGACUUUGCAGGAUCUGUGCAGGAUAAAGAUACGGCAGUGCAUCGGUCUCCAGAGUUUAAAGUUUCUGGAGGAUCUUCCCAUUGCCAAGGUCAUGAAGGACUACUUAAAACACAAAUUUGACAGUGUUUGACGGAGGCCGACAAACUCGGGCCAAGAGCAUGUCUGUAGGUUCUAUAAGACUCUAUGCAAACUCUUUUAUUUUAUUUUUUAAUUCUCAAAAUCAGUGGGAGCAGGUGCACAGUUUUGUAUAACCUUGUUGGUACGGAGUGAAAAUUAAUAUUAACGGAUUGGCUCUGCACCUGGGAGCACUGCAACGGGCUGCAAGUUGAUGCGUUUGUAGAAGGUGUUGGUUUGUACACCAUGGGGGCAUGCCUGGAAAAAUUCCUGACCCAUGAGAGAAGAAUUUUGGAACCUGUGAAAGCCUCAUUUGCACCACUUUCUUUUUUUUUUUUAUCAGCAAGGCCUUUGUAAAUAUUUGACAUGUUCUAUUGUCUAAAUUCUCAGACAAGAAAAAGAUAACCCUUUGAAACUAUGGAGAUAAAUUGACAAAUAUUUAAGUAAUCCUCACAAUUUUGUAUAAAUAAAAAUGUGCAUGUGGUAACCGUAUCAUGAUUUUUACUCUGGAUAAAUUCUUUGACCUUUUUUUUUUUUUUUUUUUUUAAAGCAAAAUCCCAUGGACUACAUCUUAGAGCAACAUUUUUGUUGUUUUGAAGAAUAUACAUUAGACAAAAUAUACAUCUGUGUCAGUAUAAACUCUGUAUCAAAGUUGCUUGUCUAUAGUUGCCAUUGAAAGGCAUAUGAAAAGAUAUAGUGGCAACAAGUUACACUCAUAAAUCCUUAACAAAGCUUAUGUAAAUAAUUGUGUCGUAUGUACAGCAGAUAUUUUUAGACUAUUGAAGUCACAAGCUUAUUUUAUCAAAGUGUUUCGGUGUUUUGUUGAGUGAUUGUUUUACAAGUGACCUUUCAAGGGCGUUGAUGCGGGAAUGUUUGGACCCAUAAUUAAAAUAAAAUCUGAAUCAAUUACUAAAUAAUUGAUGCUUAAUUAUAAUUUGCCUUUUUUAUGCACAUUUAAAACCUCUUAAAUACGUACUGUCAAUUAAAUUAAAUACAAAUCUGUUUUUUUCUUUUCUUCUAGGUAUUUUAAAUGCACUUAACAGUUUUUUUUUUUUGUUUGUUUGCUUUUUUUUUUUUUUACAACUGUGUGUGUUUUGUCACAGCCUCUUGUAAGGUCUGCAUAGCAUUAAGUUUGUCUGGCACUUGCUAAUGCGAUCAUUCAGUUUUUCAUUCAGAAGUUAUUUUUCAUUUGUAAAACAAGGUUAAUUAGAUCACAAAUCUUUUCCCUUAAAAUCUCAAUCAAGGUCACAGAAAGGUUUGGGUGAGGGACUAAUGUGACUUUUUGUUUGUAAGUUAGUGGGUCAUUCCUACAAUUCAGUGCCUUUUAUGUCCCCAGUAAAGGUAUUUAUAAUGUUUAAUUUAAACAGAUUACAAUUUUAAUUGGCUUGUAAAAAGAAUAGACUAUUUAUAAUGUUACACUGCUGUGAAAAGUCACAUUUAAAUACAUGAAAUAAUUUUUAUUUAUUGCUCUAGUGUCAUUUCUUCCAUGUCACUAGAGCUCCAUGUCAAACAUUUUUGCCAAAAAUAAAUCAUUUGAUUUUAGAAUUUUUCAUACAAUGUAUUUAUGGUACACAUGUAAUUAUAACCCUGAUGGUGGAGGUUAUUUGUGUGUCCCUUGACUUAUUGUCCACUCCUUUAUGUUGUGACACUUGUGGUGACUUUUAUUCUUACUACUUCUGCCAUUUCUGAAUAUGGUAGGAUGGUAGUUUGCCAUUCCGAACACGGCCUGUGACUUUCAAUUGAAGAUCUACUUUAUAUUCAGCAAAAUAAUGUUGGAGUUAUUUGAAGUCCUUAACUAUAUUUUGUGUUUGUGGCAAGCAUAGCAUGUCAACUCUGUUAUGGGAAGGAGAUAUAGGAAAAAUAUAUGUAAUUUUAAAAUGUCAAUAUAUUUCUAUCUAAAGAAAUCUGUCAUCAUUACAUUAGUUUACAAAUAUAUUAGCUUGAUGUCAUUCACAGACCAUGUAAGUGGCUAAAUUAACCCACUGAAUGUCCACCAUUACCCUGUCCACUUAACAGGUUGGAUAUCAGAUUUUAAGUCAUAAAGCUUUACCUGUAUAACUUAAAAAAAAAAAAUAAAUAAAUUCCCUUUAAUGAUGAAACAAAAAGGUACUUUUCUAAAGUUUCAAAGCUGAAAAGGCACAGAAUUGUAGGAAUGACACUAGUACUCUCACUUGCUUUAACUCAAGAAUUUUUUUCCCCAAACCGGUUCUAACAAUAGCUGCCUUUACUUGCAUUCAGUGACAUGGUAGAGCUACAGCAUUUCACCACACCAUGAACACACUUAAAGUGCAUUAAAAUAACCUGCCACAAUAUUAAAUUAUUUCUAUCUUUGUUUCUUCUACAGUGGCAUUGUUUGUAUAAGUUUACUGUGUUUGUAUGUUAGUGGGACUGAAACAAUCUCUUUAUCAGGAAGAGUGCUUGUUAUCAUAAUAUACUGAACGUGGAAAGCUUCAGCUGUUGGAAUAGUCUAAUAAUGGAAUAAUCGGAAGUCUUCCACAACAUCAACUACUGAAUGUAUAUAACCUGCUGUUUGCUGAGUUUCAAAUGUACAAUUGUGUGAAUAAUGAAUCUCAAAAUGUCCCCAUUUGUUAUUUUUUCAAGUAUCAUUGCUGUACUUUGAAGCAGUAAUUGUGCCGUGUUCAUCGAUCAUCAUUUUUCUAGAGUUUGAUGACUUUGUAAUAAAAU